AUGCCUGAGGACGUCGUGGAGGACGAGCCGCCCGUGAAGCGCGUGAAGACCGAGGCAGCCACAAUAGCAACGCGCACUUGCCAGUUUUGCACAAACAAAAAGCAAGUGGCUGCAAACUGCGUGAAUCUAGCCUGCAAGAAGUGCUGUUUCACGCGUUCUCAAGUGUGCGCCACCCAUCCAAAAGAGAUAGAAAAGCCCGAACCCGCCCGAUACAAGAAACAUGUGUUAAAAAAUGAGUUUCGAGAGACGAAUUUCCACUACUACGGCGAAACAGUGACAAUCUUUUGCGUACGGGACUUUUUCGAGAUGAAAAAGCUGAGCCAGGGUGUACUAAAGGACCAAGAGCGGACACAGCGAGUAAGCGGUAAUGCCUGUGGCCGUCGCAAGAAGAAACACGCUGUCACAUCCAAGAUUAAGGAGCGAAUUCAGUGUGCACUCGGCAAGAGACCAGCUCCAAUGGGCUAUGAAGAUGUCGAAGAACUUGCAGAAAUUGCAAUUAGAAAUGCAUAA